UAUAUAUUCUGGGUUAUUGGCAAACAGUUCCUCAAUGUUGCAUUACAGAAAUAUGACGAUGUUUCUGCUACUGCUUUUGUAUUGUGGGGUUGGUGCUGCAGAGGAAGUCUUCAGUAAGRCUCUUCGCUAUGAGCUUGGAAGCUUUGAACAACCGAAACUAUUUCACAUCCGCAACAACCUAAAGGGUGACGUCGUAUUUCGAGAAAGCGGCAAUGUAACGAUUGAAGUGACUAUUUCUGGUAAAACAGAAGACAAGGAUCGAUUUGAAGUUCUGUACAAAAUGCGUGAUAACGAUACUUUGGUUGACGUACAAGUGUGGCUGAMAGAGGAGCCUACAAAUUGGCCAUUGAUUGGUGGUCUAUCAGGUGGUGCAUUUGUUGUSCUGGUCAUUGUCAUUGUAAUCAUUUGCGUUCUUAAAAGACGAACUGCGAAGGUGAAAGCCUUGGAACAAGAAGAAAUUGAAAUGAAAAAACGCGAGAAAGGAAAAAAUGUGAAAGAAAAGCUGCAAAAAUUCAUGUCUAGCAGACGACGUUCCCAAAAGAAAAACAGCCAACCUAAGGGACGAGAAAACAAGUACAGCGUUCGACAAGGCGAAAUCAGUGUCAACGACAGAUUAAAGACAUUCGAGAGGACGACACCUGAGUCUUCAGACAGUAACAAGACCACCAACAAGCCUCGUUCACCGGUUGGUAAAGCCAAGGCAUUCGCGCCACUUUUCAUGUUGUCAUUGGUUACAGUUGUUAUGGCAAUUGCAAAUACGUCACCACAAGCGCGAAUUGUUGUACACGUUCCUUCAAGUAUGGUUAAAUCGGGCUCCRUGGUUUACUUCAACGAAAAGCAUCAYGGGAGAUUACUUUUGUCACGUGACUGGAAAGGAGAUGCUAAACACUUUCAGCAGUUUGCUGUGUCCCAAGCUUUCUCUGCCGUGCCAACCGCGUGCCAUGCGCAGUGCAAAUAUUGCGAUGCUAAUACAAACAAGUGUAUUUGUUUACGUGGGUACAAGAUGAUUGACGGACAAUGCAGAGACAUUUCCAAGCCACUUGUCAUAGCAAGUAAAAGAAACAUCACAGAAAUUGUAAAAACUCGCGCUGGAUCAAAAGUACUGGUGCCCAAGUCAGCCCCAGUCCUCUUGGAGAACCGAUUGCAAGUACGAAGUACAAAUCAUUCAUUCACCAUCAAAGACGGAGAAUCGGCCAAUUUUACUCUUCAUCGAAACACUGGGUUCGYUCUCGACGUAGAGAUGUUUGAUACCCACCUUACCUCGAGAUAUGUGGAUCAUGAUGGAAGACGCGGUAGUAACAAUCCUACMAUUGCUUCAAUUCCUGGAUUUACCUACAUUACAAGUAGUUUCUGUCGUUUCCCUGCUCAAGAUUACUACGAGCUGAAACACAAACUACACAGGCAGCGACAGACAAAAGUAAAUAGUGCUGUAUGCCGAGAAUCCAACUUAUGCCCCAAAGACGUCGAGAUUGGUGAAAAAUACUACUAYCGRCAAGUYAAAGAACCAUGUCGAUUGRCCAGAAAUAAUCUGGUUUGUCAACCCAAUGUAAAUUGCAACUUACCAGAUUCAAAAAACAAGUUAUACUGCACAAGUUACGUCUCCAUUCUGAGUGAUCUGUUUAACAUUGAAAAAGAAGCAUUUGAAGACAAAGGGCUGUAUGAAUUUAACGAUUUCUUAUGCAAGAAUGCCUUUCAAUCGUGUGACAACUGCAGGACUAACAAUUGCAGUAGUUGUACUAAAGAUGGCAAUGRUAAAGACAGUUGUUCGUGCUGUUAUAGAGACUGCCUKUUACCAUGUUUAUCKUAUUACUUGUUCCAGUGUGCGUCCAAGCUGAAGCCAAAAAGAUGCGCUACGGGUGAUGUCAGUGAAUUUGAUCUGACACCCAAAUAUGGAAAMGACAUGAGACUGAAAUUUAACUGCUACUUAGAGCACGAGCCGCCAUCGAGUCUCUACACACUAAGGUACAGGGUGCGUCACGUGGCAGGAAGACCGUUCACUUCACARUGGAUUUCCAAGACACAAAGCUAUCAUUAUGGCCAAAAACACACUGACAUUCUAGAUUCUCUAGCWAUAACUCACAACAGYAAAGCUGUCAAACAAUACUACAUGCGAGCUGUUAGAAACAAYAUUAAGGAAGGAUUCAAGUACAGCGUCGCUGAAGURGAUAACAAACGAGAUCCAAUCGACAAUGCUGGCAGUAGWAAAAGGAUUCAGCCAAAACAGCCAUUUCUAUUUCAUGUUGGAGACAAUUCGUGGAAGGAGAGAAGUACCUGUUAUCGUCUGGAGGACUGGCAGUCAAUGAUGACAAGCGACUUUGUUAACUUUACGUCACCRCAAAUACGUAAGCUAGGCCUGUCUAAAGGUGCAUUUUCUUACGAGGUCACUGACUCGUUGCCGCGUCUUCAAGUCAAAAUUGCCAAAUCAGAAUCUAUYUUAAAAUACGUCCUAAACGAUUCCAUUAUCAUMAACGAUGAAAGUUUUCAAAGUAAAAUUGAACGCCAAAACUCUACGUGGACCAUUCAGCUAAAAGGGAAACUUAGACAAUGUCCUAGUGUWAUAGGAUUGUCCGUCAUUGACGAGGUUGACYACGUGAAAGUCAUUGAGAGCGAUCUUCUUGUUCUGUGUCCAGAUAGGAAAUUCAAUAUAAAGCUCCAGAUUCCUCGCGCGGGCGAAAAAGAUCGAGAGAGACUGUUUUCUGUUUUCCUUUCCGACUCGAAGCAACUGUAUAAGUUACAAGCUGCUGUCGUUGACAGGACGGGGAACUCACAAAAGGACCAAUUCAAAGGAACGAAAAAGGAUACCAAAAGAGAGCCAUGGUUUAUACUUCUACCGUUGUUUAUAACAACUGGCUGUGUGCUUAUAGCCUUAGUUGGACUCAUAAUUUACGCGCAUAAAACCGUUAAAAAGCCGCCAAAAAUGAAGCUGGCGUCCGCGUCUGGUUGGGUGUGGGUUGAAGACAGUAACAAAGAGAAAAAAGAUCCAAACAGACUCAAACGACGCCAUCUUAUCCUCGUUGUGUUUGUGAUYGUUGUAAGAGUCGUGUACAGUUUGGUUUUUACUUUUUCGAUGGCUUUUGCCAUUCUYACCCUUCUCCACGCCGAUAACAUGAAGAUUAUAAACGACUAUCGRUCCUUUGUGAAGAGUAAAGUGGAAGAAAGCAAGUCGAUUGCUUUACAAAUGGACCAAUUCCGAGAAAAAGAAAUCAAGUCUGCAACWGAUCAGGCUGAAGAUGUUCAGAAGGCAUGUGACUAUCAUCUUGGUAAACAACUGAAGUGGUUGCAAUUCAACAUGAGCUGCACCAUGCAACUGAAUCAUAUGAAAAUGUUCAAUAAGAUAUCGAAAAAGAUCAUUGAUAAAGUHACUGCUGAAGUGGAGAUUCUUGAAAAGAAAGUCAAAACAAAGAUCAAAAAGUUUUCUGAAAAUACCAAACACAAAUUAAGUAACUUAAAAGAUGACGUUGACAGYUAUGGUCGUAGGGUAUAUAACAAUGGAUGGUUCGCGCUCCCAAAACUAGCGUAUAAGAUCGCUAGAGGCAGAAAAAAGAGGGCGAUUGACGGAAACAUGAACCUUCUAGAAGAUAGAAAUUCCAACGAGAUAAGAGGUUCCCAUGGAGAAUUAAGCAGGAAAACGAGGUCGAUUGAUAGCAGGAAGCCACAAGAAGACAGAAAUUCUCAUGAGGAUCAGAUUGAGGAGAUGAGCACAGCGGUGGAAGUAUUAUCGCGUGUAAGACGAUCSUUCUCCAAUAAAAACGYUUUCAUCRGMUUUCUUGAUUUUAUUGGAGUCAUGGACAAAGAUAAAGUCGCAGAGUUGGAAAAGUCCAUCAAUAAUAAAGUAGAUUCUAUGAAAACAAGUUUCGAUGAUUUUAAAACAACGAUGGCAAGUGGACCACCACCAUCUCUACCCCUAUCAAYUGGUUUCCUUUGCCCUGUCCGACACCUCGCUAAAAAGGCCAAGGCAGAACUCGAGACAGGGCUCCAUGGUGGUCUCAAGGAAUUGUGCAAGAAAACUCAAAGCGGUGUUCAAAAGGAUGUCCACUGUUUAAAAGUGAACGCCAGCAACUUCUGCUCUCCCGAGGAAGUGGAUGAUGUGUUUGGUAAAAACCAACAGCUCGACUCUUCAUCUCAAAGAGUGUACUUCGAAGAAGCGUCAGGGGUUGACUCAGAGCAGAAUGUCACCUCAGCUAACAAGUCGUCCGUGAUAAAAGCAGCUCWGGGUAAAUCCCACUAUAAUAUUGAAAAAGGCGAUUCAUUUGAAGAGCAAAUUGAUGCUCAGAAAACSGAACGYUUAGAAAAGAAAGGCAAGCUCAAAAAGUUAGGCAGCAUCUACGAUGCCGAGGUGUUUACCACCAUUCGUAAAAUUGUCUUGUACAUCAUGGCUACUAUAGAYAUCCUUCUUUUGGUCUACCGAAGCUUAAAAACKUAUCAAAUWGUCAUGAAACURCUCUACGGCUUUGAACAAGUCGUCAACCACGAACAGUACGAGUUCCAUGAACCCGACACUAAAGAAAAGGUCGAAAAUGUCAUCAGACGAAUUCCUGACAUCCUUGCAAAGUGUUUCACAAAGUAUAUCAGUGCCGUUAAAGAGAUGCAGAAAAAAAUCCUCCGUACUAACAUAGUCCCCAUGGUGAUAGCCAUAGCGCUUGGAGCAGUGACUAUCUAUCUGAUCGUCGUUAUURCGUUUAAUGUCAUGAACGUCACGGUGAUAGAGGAAUUGGGAGGCUACCGYAUCGUGUCCGCACGACUCGACACGGAUCUUGAAUUCACCAAUGGAGCCAUAGCCGAYCACAUCAACUUCUUGAACGACCAUGACAUGAAWAUCUACAAGAAGUCUGUCGCCAAAACUCUCACUGAUUACAAUAAUGUCCUUCAAGACUUYGCAGAGUCSGAGAAGAGGCGCUUUGAGGAGUUUAACGCGCAGUUGUGCUCUGUUGAUAACCGYACACGCUGCAGUCCUCUGGUUCCAGAUUUCCCUAAAGUAUCGUUCAGCUCAUGUAUCAUACCGAGGUUUUCUUCAAAGAAAUAUGGAGGCUACARUGGGAAGGAAUAYCGUUACAAGCUUAAGUACGAAUCAAAGAAAUACGUAGAUGCAUUACGAAACAUCUUCCUCGACACGCUGUACUUCGUUAUUGCAGUAAUUUUAAUGAUUAUYUUGAUCACCGUCGUCACUGUUAUUCUUUUCUUCUUUAUGAAAUCUAAAGACAUGAUCAGGGUUAAAUACAUUCAUAUUUACCCUACCCUACCYCCCGAGUUAGUCAAGGAAUAUGAAUUAGGYGAGCCUUUAGAUGAAGCAAGUCAAAAAGRGGACAGCAAAGAGAAUGUUAACACUACACCUAAAAAGGUCAAGAUUCCUGAGAAAUUUCGUAAUAAAAUGGAAGACAGCGAGUGCUGAAUAACCAAGUUCUGCAUAAUAAGCUCUGCUCGUGGAAAACAUUUGAUUGGUUCGGAUAUAAGCCUUAUAAUUUUUGUACAUACCAGGAAAAUUAGCAUUGGUUAUUUUAUUUAAGAGGUGCUGAAUUUUUGAAAUUCAGCUUAUAUUUGGCACUACUGUACUAACUUAACUUGUUUUUGUUGUAAUAGUUAAAUGGCGUAAAGAAUUGUAGUUAUAAACUUUAUAUAGAGUAAAGUAAAUGUUUAGCAAAGCA